AUGGCCGCCCCUGAGGCUGAGGGCGGCGGCGUCCGGCGCCUGGCCCCGCUGGGCCCCGAGCAGCUGCGGCGCGUGCUGGAGCUGGUGACGAGGGCGCGUCCGCCCCCGGUGGUGCUGCGGGACGCGGCGCGGCAGGCGGCCCCGCGGCGGGGCCCCGGCCCCGCGUCCCCGCGCCUGCCGCCCCAGCAGCUGGAAGCCAUCUGUGUCAAGGUGACAUCUGGAGGAACAAGAGGCCCCGAGAGGCCGAUGUCCCCCCUGGCCACCGUCCUGCCCCACACCGUGCGUCCGGGCCUGCCACCUGGGAGGAGCUGCAUCCUGGUGGGGCGGCACAGCUCCAGCCCACAGCUGCCGAGAGGACAGCUCCAUGCUCCUCGGGCGUCAGUGCGGCCCGUUCUUGCCAGCUCGCCCCCAGCACCUGAGGCUGCCAGCGACCGGGGCUCCAGCUUCCACACUGAGAAGCUGAAGAGGCCCUUCAAAGUGAGAACUCGCUCUGGGCGCGUCUCUCGCCCUCCCAAGCACAAAGCCAGGGAUUACAAGUUCAUCAAGACAGAAGACUUGGCAGACGGGCACGUGUCUGACUCCGACGACUACUCAGAACUCAGUGUGGAAGAAGACGAGGACCAGAAGGGAAAGCAGGUGCUCUUCGACCUAGCCAGCUGCUCCCUGAGGCCCAAAACAUUUAAGUGUCAAAGCUGUGAAAAGUCGUACAUCGGGAAGGGUGGCCUGGCCCGGCACUUUAAACUCAACCCUGGCCAUGGUGUGCUGAUCGUGCCUGAGCAGGCCAAUGCAGACCUAACGCAGCAGUGCGUGGGGACAGGGGCCAUGGGCUGCACCUCCCCAGAACUACCUGCGCCCGCCAAAGAAGGGCCCCUGGCCGGCUGUGCCGCAGGGGCGGAGCCAGCAUGGCACAGCCUACAGGUUGGUCAGUCAGUAGACGCUGAAGAGGUAGUGCCAACAGAGCCGGAAAACCAAACUCAUUCCGUCCUGGGGUCGCGGAGCCUCCCGGGAGCCCAAGGAAGCAGGUGCCCUGCGACUCCUGCAGAGCCCUUGGCCACUGCCGCCCCGCCCUGGCAGGGCACUGCUGCGGCCAGCAGGGCACGUGCGUGGAGGGGCCGAGCCCAGCUCCUGCAGCUUCUUGAGCAGUCUGACCAGGAGGACCUGAUGCAGCUGGCCCUGCCACAGCUGGCUCGCGCCGUGACCCUGUAUGAGUUUCUGCUGUUGAAGGUUGAAGAGGGUCGUCUCGCAAAGCCCCUGUUCCCGGCCGUGUACAAGGAGUUUGAGGAGUUGCAUGUGAUGGUGAAGAAGCUCUGUCAGGAUUACCUUGGAAGCUGCAGUCCGAGUGCCCAGGAGCCCCUGGAAAUCAACGACAGGAAGGUGGCCGAGUCCCUGGGAAUCACCGACGAAUUCCUGAGCAAACAAGAAGUGCGCAUGGAUCGCCCCGCACGCCAGCGCACCAGCCAGGAGACAGAUGGCAAGCAGCCAGAGGGAGCCAGCAGCCAGAAGAGGGGCGGUGAGGCCACAGAGGACCUGCAGGCUUCAGUGAAAAGGACUCGCACUGCAGCUCCCCCUGAGGACACUGCUGAAGCUCCUGCUACCCACGGCCCAGGCUGCAAGCAGCCCCCACCCUUGGGCGCUCCAGGUUCCGCCCCUACAGCAAAUGGCCAGGCCACUCCCCACUUCGAGGACAGUCAGGAGGUGGCUGUCCAGGAGGGCCGCAGCACACUGUGCACGGGUCAGCAGCUGGAGCAAGUUACUGAGAUGCAGAUCCAGAGUGGGUGUGCGGGCCCUGACGUGCAGGCCCGGAGCGGGUGUGCGGGCCCUGUUCGCCCUUGCCUGGAUUGCAGGGGACCGUCUGUUCAGAUUCAGCUGAGAGAGCCAAGGUUUCCUGGACAGAAGGUUCAGGAACCUUCUUCAGGCCAGGACACUGGGGUCAGCAUGAGGGGUCCAGCUGCUUGUGGCACACCAUUAACACAUGGAGGGGCAGAGUCUCUGCUGCCUGGCAGUCCUCAGUGUGCAGAGGACGGACACCACAAGAUGCACCACGUCCCCCCAGGCCACCAGCAGGCCAGGGCCAGCCCCAUCCUGUGGACAGGGGCCUCGGCCCCACCCCCUGAGAAAGCCGUGUCCCAGGACUGUGUGCCAGUGGACUACGCCUGCAGGACGGUGCCUGAGCCAGGGCCUCAGCUGCCCACCAAAGUGGGUCUUAAAGGCCACAUAAGGGACUUGAACCAGGCCUCUUGUGGCCUGGAGGGCAUGGUGGCUGUGGGUUCAGCUAUGGCUUCCAAAAUCCCCGGUGGGGGCAAUGAGCUAUUGUCUCCAGAACGGGAGCAGCUCUGCAUUCAGAUGUCCCAGCCCAGUGUCCUGCCAGCUGUCACCCCGGUGGCUGUGCUGCAGGGGAGGGUGGCUGAGGGCGUCCCAUUGGCAGCUGUGGACACACUCCUCAUCGUGCAGGCGGAGCCUGCCCAGCGACAAGGAGCAGAACCGGGACUCUGGACUGGUCUGUUUGAGGCAAACAAGGCCUUUUCCAACAAUGAAUAACCUUAUAUUUAUAAAGAAUUAUGUAUUCA